AUGGGUAUUAGUAUGAAGUGUAGCCCUAAUUUCGGGGAGGGGGAUAUAGCUUUGUAACUAUGGAGCGGGACUGUCUCCUCGCGCUUUGAAGAUGGGGGUUCUCGGGUUGUUCUCUUCUAGCUGCACUGUGCUCGUAUCCGCCGCUUGGUUGCUUAGGAUGAAGUGCAGGUGCGGUGUUCGAAUUGAGUCUGGUGGGGGGGAGGAUCACGAUGUAGUGAUCCAACUGGCAGGCAGUAGUUGUGAAGUGGGAAGGCAAGCCUGCCUGGCGCAUGGACAGGAAGAGCAAUUGGGUCUGGUCAAAUGAAUGACUUCACUUAGGAAAAGUGACUUGAGGAGGAGGGCUCUUGAGUCGAGCAUAACAAGUGAAUAGAAAAGGAGCUCGCAGGCCUCAAGUAGUGGUUAGAGCACGUGGGCCCCAUUUGACCCUUUCUCUU